AUGAUGCGAGGUUUUAAGCAAAAGCUGAUAAAAAAAACCACCGGGUCUGGUUCAUCUGGUGGAAAGAAGAAGGAUAAAGAGGACUCGAAGAAAACUUCAUCGACGUCCCACAGUACGUCUAACAGUAGCAGUCCAGUUCCAGUAAAUCCGAAGGUUCCUAGUGAUAAAAAAAAUUCUAGUACAGGAUCAAGCACAAGCGGCACCAAACAGUCAAAGGGUAAGACGACAAGUACAGGUUCUGGAAAUGUUCCACGCAGUCAUUUAAACACGAAGAGUGUUGGUGGUGGUGGUGGUGUUACGGCUCCAACCGGCUCACAUGCGGAAGACCCACACGGGCCCUCAACAAGUCAGAAAAAAUUAGAAGUUAUGGGAAAUAUCAAUCAGCCACCAAAGUCGUCUCAGCCAACGCUUAUUGCCGCAGCCUCAUUGCCUCCCUCUCCCACCACGGCAACGGUGUCAUUAGCAGUACCGGGAAGCGGCGCAAGCUCGUUGCACAAAGACGGGCCUUCAACGCCAUCUUCAUCCACGGGCAUCGACAUUCCGCGCUCGUCCCAUUCAUUUGAGCGCUUGCCAAAUCCAUCAAAAUUGAAUCCUGAGCCCGAUCUGGAUCUUAUCAAAACCCCUCAGAGACACUCUUCGUCGAGAUUCGAGCCUUCGCGCUACACCCAACUAACAAAAUUACCUCACUUUGAUGAUGUUUCGCCAGAGGAGCAGAUUGCCUUGUUCAUAGCAAAAGUGGAUCAAUGCAAUACGAUUUUCGACUUUGGUGAUCCAAGUUUCGAUAUUCAAGGUAAGGAGAUCAAACGGAUAACUCUUCAGGAGUUAAUUGAAUUCGUGGUGACCAGCAGGUUCGCAUACACGGACGAAAUGUACGCUCAUGUUGUCAACAUGUUCAAGAAUAAUCUAUUUCGACCAAUUCCACCCCCUGUCAAUCCUAUAGGGGACGUAUUUGAUCCAGAUGAAGAUGAGCCGGUCAACGAGUUAGCGUGGCCACAUAUGCAAUGCGUUUAUGAGUUCUUCUUGAGGUUUGUUGAAAGUCCCGAUUUCAACCACCAGGUGGCCAAACAAUAUAUUGACCAAGAAUUCAUCCUCAGGUUACUCGAUCUCUUUGAUAGCGAGGAUAUCAGGGAGAGAGACUGUCUGAAGACUACUCUACACAGAAUUUACGGGAAGUUUUUAAGCCUUAGGAGUUUUAUCCGCCGCUCCAUAAGCAACAUUUUCUUACAAUUUGUUUACGAAACCGAGAAAUUCAAUGGAAUUGCUGAGCUCCUUGAAAUACUAGGCUCGAUUAUUAAUGGUUUCGCUCUUCCACUCAAAGAAGAACACAAAAUAUUUUUGGUUCGCGUCUUAAUACCCAUGCAUAAAGUCCGCUGUCUUUCUUUAUAUCAUCCCCAGUUAGCGUACUGUAUUGUGCAAUUCUUAGAGAAAGAACCUUUUUUGACUGAAGAGGUGGUGAUGGGUCUCUUGAGAUACUGGCCAAAAAUAAACUCCACAAAAGAGAUCAUGUUUUUGAACGAGAUAGAGGACAUUUUCGAAGUGAUAGAACCAUUAGAAUUCAUUAAAAUCGAGGUACCUCUGUUUGUGAAGCUUGCGAAAUGCAUCUCUUCGCCACAUUUCCAAGUUUCCGAAAAAGUUUUAAGCUAUUGGAAUAAUGAAUAUUUCCUAAAUUUAUGCAUAGAGAAUGCCGAGGUCAUCCUACCUAUUAUUUUCCCAGCCCUAUAUGAACUCACUUCACAGUUAGAUUUAGAAUCUCACGAUGAUGAACAUGGUAAUCGCACAUCAGACCCCUAUGUGUUAGUAGAGCAGGCGAUCAGCUCCGGGUCAUGGAACCGCGCCAUCCAUGCCAUGGCGUUCAAGGCUCUCAAAAUAUUUCUGGAGACCAACCCAGUCCUGUACGAUAAUUGCAAUUCUAUGUAUUUCACAAGUGUCAAGGAAACGCAAAAACGGAAGGAGGAACGUAAUGAUAAUUGGCAAAAACUUCAGUUGUACGUCGAUAAUUUUAAAACGAACAGUGCUCCUGGUGUACACGGAACGUAA